GUUCGAUGCGAUUUUUGGUGGCUGCUCCGCUAACGCCAUAGACGCGGAUAGCUGCCUCCUCCCGACAUCGCACGCGCCUCCGUUAUAAAAAGGCUGCCUCGCGCCCGCGGACGCUGCCCGGAAUGGCGUCCUUCGUGCCUCCCGUCGCCACCCUCGCGUCCACCUCCGACGACAAACCGGCCGCCUGCGGCACAUACGCCCUCGAGAGCGAACAGGGAAAAUCCGGCGGCGCCACCUACUACUGCGCCACGAAUCGAUUGUACCUCUACGAGCGCUCGCCCCAGAACUGGUGCGUCGGCAAGAAGGCCGGAGGCAAGUCCUGCAAGGCGUAUGAUUCGAAGGGCUGGCACUUCUACCUCGAGAAGCAGUGGACCAAGCGCAGCGACGUGACGCUGACCUUCGGCUCCGAAAGCACGUCGUCAACGGACGUAGAAGCCUUCGCCGUCGAGUGCCGCUACUCGAACCUGGCAGGCGGCUACAAAAAGACCGACCGCGUCGAGUGCGACAGGCCCGUCUUCCGCAACGAGGAGAAGAGCAAGGACCUGUGGCUCGCGCCCGACGGCCAGUGGUGCUUCGCGGAUGCCGCUGGUGUGGAUGAGGAAGGUGAUUACGACGCAUUCUUAGAAUCGGCCGAAGGAGAGAACGCCGCUUCACCCGAAGUCGCGGACUGGGCCGACCAGCACGUGCACAUCCACCCCGUCGAUAUCCAAGCCAUCGAAGCCUUACAUAAGUCGAUGGAGGGGGACGAUUCAGGCUACAAAGAUCCGGACUUCGUGCCCGGCCCUGCCAUCUUGGACGCGGCCCACGGCGACUCGCAGUGGAUUCGAGCGGCCAAGCUGUCGGGACCGGACCACGAGCCCCAGCUCUGGGACGGGGUGGAGCCCUCGGAUAUUAUGCAAGGGGCGCUCGGCGACUGCUGGUUGCUCUGCGCGCUCUCGGCCGUGGCCGAGUUCCCGGGCUUUGUCGAAAAUUCGCUCUUUAAGACGCAGGAGGUCUCGCCCGACGGUAAAUAUGUCCUACGCUUGUACGACGCCAAGGCGCGGAAGAUGACUCACGUUACUGUAGAUGAUCGUGUGCCUUGCGGCAAGGCGACGUGGUGGGAGGCUCCCCGACCGCUCUUCAGUCAACCACAUGGAAAUGAGAUGUACGUACUCAUCCUGGAGAAGGCCUUCGCUAAGCUCGCGGGAGGAUACGGGCGUUUAUCAGGCGGCUACCCUGUCUUGGCUUGGCUCACCUUGACAGGCUGCGAAGAUUUAAGUAUCUGGCACGCGAAAGAUGCAGGGUGGGAGGAAAGUGUGGUGGCCCUCGAGGAGGUCAGAAAAGAUCCGCACGACUACCAGGCGCUGUACACGCAGGCCUCCGGGGAGACCAAGGCGUCGAAGGACAUGUUCUCGUACCUCUUACACUGCGACCAGUCGAAUUACAUGUUCGCAGGAUCGAUUAACAAGGGCACGGAGAUCGAGAAGCAGCGCGACGAUGGUUUAGUCGAGCGCCACGCCUACUCGAUCAUCAGAGUGGCCAGAAUCACGUCCGUUCCCGGAUUCAUUGGGUUGGUCCAGUGCCGUAACCCCUGGGGCAACAACUUCGAGUGGAACGGCGAUUGGUCAGACAGAUCUCCGCUCUGGGACAAGCACCCGGAGGUCGGUAAAGAGAUAGGCCGCAAGUACCUCUCGGCUGAUGACGGUCUCUUCUGGAUGGCCUGGAAGGACUUCUCGAGGAUUUUUGACACGGUGCAGGUUUGCGCGCGCCGGAUGGACGCGCCGCGGGGCACGCACCGGGGCGUCGGGUCUCGCGGCACGACGCCUAUGACGUCGCCCGUGACGUCGCCCGUGCGACCUCGCAAGGCGGGCGCGGUCCGUUCCGAGACGGCCGUCGAGGCGGCGCCGCCUUCAGUAGAUGCUGAUCUGCCGCCGCCCCCGCAGCACCACCACAGCAUGGAGGACGCGCCCGCGACUCCGCCUGCUGACUGGCAGCCGACGCGCCUCGGCAUCUCCUACCGGCCGUGCCGCCUCGCCGUCGAGUACGUGUCCGCCGGAAAAGCGUACCGCAAGCUCAUGCCCGUCAACGGGGGCGCGGACGACACGCCCGAGCGCGUCCUCACGGGCCUCGAGCGCGACUUCGGCGCCUACCUCGACUUCGAGGAGAAGCUCUCGCGGUCGCAGACGCUGCGCCUCGUGGAGAUGCGCUGGCGGCGCUGCCUGAGUACUUCCCCCUAGUACUCCAAGU